UCCCGUCGCAUGAAUAGAAACAAAUAGGACUGCAACCCGCAGCAUUACCCUAGUCUAAACCUUCUAUGACCUAAACAUAAGCACGUGAAGAAUGGAGUUUGUUGAAGGGGAAACUUCAUCUUGGCCUGUGUGGGAGUAAACCUUGCCUGAGAUGCUUGACUCGGGGCUGAAAAUCCCACAGUACGGCUACAGACAGCCUGCCUUUACUUUGACAGCUCGGUACUCGACGUCAGGUUACUGUAUGAUACUUGGCGACGUGUCAUCGACCAUUUAAUUGUAUGACUGUCAGUUUUACACGGCAAGUAAACUAUUUGAUUUUAGACAGAGGUGGUCUAGCGUACUUUCUCUAGCUAACGCUAUAGUUAUAUGUUAGGCUAACCAACUAACAUUGCUAACUGGGAGAAAGCAACUUGUUAGCUGCCUAGCAAUAAGGAUCCUCCCAGGACUGGGAUGGCUAGCGAUUGUUAGCCACACUGUGACACUGUGCCAUUAAUUUGGCAACAGUUCUUGUUUAUCGGGGCACAGCUGUAGCUCGCUGCCUCUAUUGUUUACAUGGAUAGCGGUCAUCUGAAGUGCUCUGUGGGCAUGUGUAGGUUGUAACGAGACUGGCUCAAAUCACAGACCAACCACUGUGGAAAUAUGAAAAUGGAGCCUGGAGCUAGCUAACGUCUGUUGACGUUUAGCCAAGACGUCUAGAGCCAACUCUCUAACAAAAAUGAGGAUGAUCGGGGGUCUAAAGGAGGACAGCUGUGCCUGCUGGACUGUUUGACUUUGUGUGGGCGCUGGACAAAGGACAGGAGUUUGUUUGUCCAUAUUAAAGCUUAACCUAAUGCAAGAUUACGCGAGGAGAAAAGGAAAUACACAUUGCUGGGAACUGGGCCACCUCUCUGGCACUGGGAUGAUGCUCAAGACCCUUCUUAUCACCAGUCUUCUUGGCUGGGCACAAUGUCAAGAGAGCCAGAGCAUGACACUAGAGGAGAAGACUGUCAUCAGGGAUCAAAUCAUUGAAAUGUUUGAUCAUGCUUAUGGCAGUUACAUGGUAAGGUAUUCACUUUGUAAUGAUUGUUAUUACCACUACAUUUAUGUUUGCAUGUUGCAAGUUGCCGUUCAGACAUCGAGUCAGUGGCAGGGUCCCCACUGCUGUGGUGGGGUUGUGACGAAAGCAGAUCUGCAGAAUGUGGUUGCAGCUGCUAACAUCCUGUGAUUCCGGGUAGUCUUGACAGUAUUGACCUACAUGUAGUCAGCAAUGCUUAGACUCACCCAGUGUUUCAGAGUUUUAUAUGUAAACUGUGUCUGUAUGAGUAAAAAAUACAGGACCAGGCAGGGAGCGAGAUGGAGAAAGAAGCAGCACGUUCCUGUGUGCGUUAGUCAAAGAAAUAUGCCUAUCCAGCAGACGAGCUGAUGCCUCUCAGCUGCAGGGGGAGAGUCCGCGGCCAGGAGCCCAACAGAGGCGACAUAGACGACUCCUUGGGGAAGUUUUCUCUCACACUGAUCGACACCCUCGAUACCCUGGUGGUGUUAAACAAGCUUGAUGAGUUUGAAGAUGCAGUGAGGAAGACUGUGAAGGAUGUACGCCUGGAUAACGACGUGGUGGUGUCUGUGUUUGAGACCAACAUCAGAGUUCUGGGAGGGCUUCUGGGAGCCCACGUGAUGGCUGACCUGCUCCGUCAGCGUGGGGAGAGGAUGCAGUGGUAUCAAGAUGAGCUCCUACACAUGGCCAACGAGCUGGGCCAUCGAUUACUGCCUGCCUUCAACACCACAAGUGGCCUUCCUUACCCUAAGGUGAAUCUGCGGUAUGGAGUCCUAAACCCACUUUCACGCACAGGCACUGAAUCUGACACCUGCACAGCUUGUGCAGGAACAAUGAUCCUGGAGUUUGCUGCCCUCAGCAGACUGUCAGGGGAGUCUGUGUUUGAGGAGCAUGCAAGGAAGGCUCUGGACGUCCUCUGGGAGAGGAGACAGAGAGGAAGUGACUUGGUGGGGACAGUCAUCAAUAUCCAUAAUGGAGAAUGGGUCCGGAGAGACAGUGGAGUUGGUGCUGGUAUCGACUCAUACUACGAAUAUCUGAUGAAGGCCUACAUUCUUCUCGGAGACAAUGUUUUUCUGGAGAGGUUCAACAUUCACUACAGUGCCAUUAUGAAGUACAUAAGUCAGCCUCCCCUGCUGCUCAAUGUACACAUGCACAACCCUACUGUGAGCGUGCGCAGCUGGAUGGACUCUCUCCUGGCGUUCUUCCCUGGCUUACAGGUUUUGAGAGGAGAUCUGAAACCAGCUAUUGAGACUCACGAGAUGCUUUACCAAGUCACUAAACAGCACAAGUUUCUUCCUGAGGCUUUCACUACAGAGUUCAGAGUUCACUGGGGCCAACACCUACUGAGACCAGAGUUUGCAGAAAGCACCUACUACCUCUAUAAGGCCACUGGCGACCCCUACUACCUCAGAGUGGGACAGUCCAUCGUGGAAAAGCUCAACGCCUACGCCAGGGUGCCUUGCGGGUUUGCUGCUGUGCAAGAUGUCCGCACUGGGACGCAUGAAGACAGGAUGGACUCAUUCUUUCUGGCAGAGAUGUUUAAAUACCUGUACCUGCUGUUUUCGGAGAAGACACAGCUGCCCAUUGACAUUGACGACUACAUCUUUACCACGGAGGCACACCUUCUCCCCGUGUCUCUCUCCACCACCCAGCCAUCCUGUCAAGGCAACAAUACAGAAAGUGUUCCUGUUUCUCAAGAAGAGGAUCUGUUCACACACUCCUGUCCCAGCACAGAGACUUUGUUUCCCAACAACCCUUCAUUCGCCAAAACUAUCCGGGACAGCUACAAGUACCUCACUGGGGUGGGGCGAGCCUUCCACCCUUUACCUGUCAGGGAAAUUGAACUACCACUCCACGAUAACGGCAUGGAGCCAGUGGAGUUCCUGAAAAGCAUGGGCAUUUCUCUCACUCCACUGAAUGAGGUCAUGGCACGAGACAGGGGGAGUCAGAAGGAGCAUAAGGGAGUGUACCGGGUUAAACUUGUGGCAGAGGUGAGCCAGACACCAGAGGAGGAGGAAGUGGUUCCUCAUGUUGUUCAGCUCAUAUCCCCCCCGUUUCUGGGUAGGACAGUCCUCACCGCGGGACCUGCCAAGUUUGGAAUGGACCUCACCAAGCAAGAGCACGGGGUGAAGGGCAGCAUAGUGAAAGCUUCUCCCUACACAGCAUGCGGGCCGAUAGAUAAUGCAGUAGAUCUUAAAGGCCACAUCGCUCUGGCUCUGCGUGGUGACUGCAUGUUUGCUGCAAAGGCUCGUUGGCUGCAGGAGGCAGGAGCCAUAGGAGUCAUCUUCAUAGACCACCGUGAGGGGAGUAAUAGCGAGGAAACGCCGCUCUUCCAGAUGGUUGGGGACGGCGACUCCACUGAAGACAUCACCAUGCCUUUGGUCUUCCUGUUCAGCCACGAGGGUGCUGUACUCACAGCUGCCCUGGAGGAACAUCAAAACGUAGAUGUGCUGCUGCUGCCCAAGGAGAGGCAGCUUGGACAUGAUAAGACAGAAAAACCAGUCGGCAUGAACAUCAAACUCCGGCUAGCAGAAGAAGGGGAGCUGGAGGAGGGGGCAGCCACGGGGCCCACCCUGGAGUUUGUCUUGGAGAAAGAAGAGGUGGCGCUUCUUAAUGAAGAGGAGGAGGCGGAAGAGCUCAAAGGAGAACGACAAUCACAGCAGCAGCAGUUCUGCGCAAAGGCAGCACAGAAUGACAGAACUGAACCGUGUUCAGCAGAUUCGUCUCAAACCCUGAACUCUAACAGUGGACCAGACACAAAUCCUUGACCACUGCUGAUCCCAAAGCAGCCAAAGUUUCCUAACACUGAUCCCUCAUCCGUUUCUGAAUGGCAUGUGCCUCGGAGCCCCUCACUGCCCUACGUGGAGCCCUAACUGACCCAGCCUGCAUGUUUACAACCAAUAGAGGAGAGUCAAGCAGUGUGACGGCCACACUCACAUCCUGUCUUGACUUUGAAACCUGAAGAUGGUUCUAUAUUUAUUAGACAGACCGUCAAAGUGGAACUUUCCGUCUGUGCGCUGCAGGUCUCUGAAUUAAGGGGUUUUAUGAGACAAAACUAGGUAGUUAAAGGCCAAAUGCUGUAGGUUAUUAUGUGCUGGUGCUGCCUAAACCUAGCCUGUAGUGUUGCUAUUGUAGGCACAUACAAGGUGUUUGUGGUGAUAAUGAUGUAGAUCAUUGACUAGGAUAUAAAAUUACCUCACCUUAGAGGAAAACAUAGAUAAGGCAAAGAAAAUGUACUCGGCUACAUUUUUAUGCAAUUCAGUUUGUUUUUAAUCUAGAUUGCACCUUUUCACUUAAACAAGUACUGUUAAAUAUUCAAUAAUGGUGAAUGGAGUAUCGUUAUUGCCAGUAGGUGGUGUUGGCUACCAUAACUUCUUAGUAAUAUAAUGUCAGUAGAUGAAGGACACAAAUUGGGGCCAAUUUGGAAAGUUUAUCUUAUUUUGUACUAGUAAGCAACUUCAGGGAAUUUCAUGAGUGAAUGCAGUUUGCUAGUUUGACCGAUUUGUUCAAAUGUUUGUGUGUGUGUGCAUUUUCUUUCUGCUUGUGUGUGCGCAUGUGUGUAAGGUGUGUAAUUAUUAGAAUACCCAAGACAGUGUCAUCGUCACAAUACAUCAAUUCUAUUCGAUAAAGCCUUCCUGUCUUUACAAAGUUGCCACCAUCCAAGGAAUUAAGAGUAUAACGUCUGUACAGUAUACCACCAAGAAUCCUGGAUAUUUUAGGCUGUAUGCUAUUUUUUCAACCUAUAAAUAACUGUUAAUUUAAAUUAAUCAUGUCAUUUUAAGAACCUUUAUAACAAAAUUACCAAAGCUGUUUUUUCUGGAGAUGAAGUCUUCAUGUAACCAUCUGGUAAGUUGCUGAUUCAGCAUCACAGAUUGGUCUGCAGUACCAGACUGCUUUACACUUUGUGAAACGUGUCUGGCAGAUUCAAACAGAAAUGAUCAUUCAGCCUGUCUUUGCAUUUCUGUGUGUGUGUGUGUGUGUGUGUGUGUGUGUGUGUGUGUUGCAAUCAGUAAUUUUGAUUUGCAAAAAGUCAUUAAUCAUCCCAUUUAUACUGUGUAAUGAUUAAAUGUUUAUAACAUCUUAAAACAGAAGGAAAACUCAACAGGGUUAGUUUCAAAACAGUAAAAUAGGAUUUUAAUAUUUUGUUACGUCCAGUAAGAUUUCUGGAGUGCAGCAACGUUUCUUUUUAAUCGUCUAAAAUAGUGACAGUCGAACUCUAGAAAGGUCAAUUGGAUCCUGUACAUUGAUUUCCAAAUUGAUGAAGCAAUUUGGAUCUAGUUUUGUGCUGUUGGUCUCUCUCUCUCUCUCUCUCUCACACUUUACACAAACAAAAUCAUGUUGUGGGCAUUAUGAUUUGUAAAAACUUUAUGCAACAAUUCAGAAACAUGCAUAACUCUUCAAUCAGUUUGUUCAUAUAUUCACUUUAUUCUCACUAAUAAUAGGUUGCAUGGUUUUUGUCUUUUGUGGUACAUGAAAAUGUGAGCUGUUUUUUUUUUUUUUUUAAGUUUGUACAAUGGACCUUUUCUCGAUGCUGCUGAGUCAACUUCAAGUCUUACUCCAACAUGACAUUGUAUUUUUUGUGUUUAGUAUGUAUGAGAACCUGUAUACCUCAGGACUGUGUACAUUACUGUUCACACAGAGAAAACGACCAUGGACAAGAAGUAAGGUAUUCUUUUUAUUAUUAUUAUUAUUAUAUUUCAUGCUAUUUAAUAUUGUGCUCAGCUGUUUUCUAAGGUUUCUGUUUUUCUGCGACUAAAACUCAAAAAGUGCCAAAAGAGAUGCAUGACAUGGCUCCUGUUUCUGUUUCACAUCUUCUCUGUAUUCUGUUUCUGAGCUGAGGCAGACUCAUCAAUGAAUUAAACAUCACAAUUUUAAACCUC